CUGGCUACCACCCCUCUUGGAUUCUUCUUUCGGUUUGCACGCGGCGGAUUCUUCUACCAUGGGUUUUCCAAAGAAAACAUUGGUUUCCCACCUCACCAAGCUGGGAGGGAAUCAGGCUUACCUUGAGAGUCUCAAGGUUCCUGAGCUAGAGUCUUUGCUGGCUGAAAAACUAUCCGAGCUUCCCAUCGAGGGCGACGUUCCAUCAACGAGUCCCCAGAAGCAGAAGGAGACAAUCAGUGCGGACAUGAAGGCCAUGCUAGCCGUCAUGAAAUCCGGACAGGAGGCCAUGCAAUCCGGACAUGCGGCGACUCUGGAUCUUUUAAAGGCUACCUUGCACCAGAUGCGCUCGGAUCAGCAUGCGUUCGCGGAGCUUGCCCGCAAUGUCCGCUACCUGAGCCCAACCGUUUCAACUAUCCAGGACGACAUUGUCAAUAUCAAGUCCGAGCUCAAGCUAGUCAAGGACGACCAUGAGCAAGAAAAACUCAAAAUCACGUCCGAGCUUCAGUCAGUCAAGUACGAGAGUGGUCUAGAAAAGCUCAAGAUCACGUCCGAGCUUCAGUCAGUCAAGGACGAAAUUGGUCUAGAAAGACUCAAGAUCACUGCCCACGACGAUCGCUUGGCAACGUUAGAAAAGGACUCCGGCGACCAUACAGCAAGCCUGAAGCGCAUGCAUGCAGAAAUCACUACUUACGACGAUCGCCUACUUACAUUGGAACGUGAUAACUCUCGCGGCGAUGUUGUGAUAAACGGCCAGAAACGCAAGCGAAUAUCACACCUCGAAAAUAUGGUCGGCACCGCGGUAGCUCAAGGGAUGCAAGAACUCCAAAGCCAUUCAAUAGCCCUCUACGAGAACCGAGCCACCGUGGAGCAAAUCGCUGGCCAGAUUGCGGAAGCUCGGUUGUUUAUGCAAGAAAUGGACAGCCGCCAUUAUUACCUUUUGAUACCUGCACAGGCGGCGGGGGUGUUGAUGCAUAAAAACUUUUUGAUAGAGUGUGUCAAGAACCGCAACCUGACAUUCGUUCUCCACCGGGAAAAAACAGUACAGGUCGAUGGAUUGUUGUUCCGUGUUCUGGCUCUCCAUGGCGACCAAGCGAACGUCAACGCUGUGGCGGCUGAAUUGCAAGGAAAGCUGGACAGGGACAUACCGGGGCACCGUCAGGUUAUCCGUGCUGGCACAGAAGCACACUUUCAAGCGACAAUUCCCCUGUGA